AUGGAUAGAAAAGGAACAAAUUCAGAGAAUGAAUCAAGUGAGGAAGAUAAUUCAGAGGAAACAGAGCAGAAGAAGGAGAAGAAGAAGGGGUUUUGUGGUGUCACCGACAACGACCAAACUCUUUCCAUUCCAUUCUGGCGUGAAUUUGUGUUAAAUCUUAACAUCACAACGCGUAAUUUUGGUGUUGUUCAGAUGUCUAAAGCAACUGACGUAGAAAACCCUAGUAAUAACCCCACUGUUCAAAAGGAUGUGGAUGUGAAUGUGAGUGAUGGCGAGGGAAAUUGGUACACUUCAUUGCUGCAUCAAAUUUCAGUGUAUGGGGUUGCUGCUGGGUAUUGCUUAUCUGCAUCUUUGCUUUCCAUAAUCAACAAAUGGGCAGUGAUGAAAUUCCCUUACCCUGGUGCCCUUACCGCCCUGCAGUACUUCACCAGCGCCGCCGGGGUCUUCAUCUGCGGCCGGCUCAAGCUCAUGGAGCAUGACCCCCUUGACCUUAUGACCAUGUGGCGGUUUUUACCCGCAGCGAUAAUUUUUUACCUGUCCCUUUUCACCAAUAGUGAGUUGCUCCUCCAUGCCAAUGUUGACACAUUCAUUGUGUUCCGAUCUGUUGUUCCCUUGUUUGUUGCGGUUGGGGAGACGCUGUUCCUGCACCAGCCGUGGCCGUCAGCGAAGACAUGGGCCUCCCUGGCCAUCAUCUUUACCGGCAGCGUGCUAUAUGUGGUCACAGAUUAUCAGUUUACUUUCAUGGCGUACAGCUGGGCAUUGGCCUACUUGGUUAGCAUGACCAUAGAUUUUGUUUACAUAAAGCAUGUGGUUAUGACCAUUGGCUUGAACACGUGGGGCCUUGUGCUGUACAAUAAUCUUGAGGCUCUUCUGCUUUUCCCGCUGGAGCUGCUGAUUAUGGGUGAGCUGAAGAAGAUUGAGCAUGAGAUCAAAGAUGAAUCUGAUUGGCACACAUUCCAAGUCAUUUUGCCAGUGGGAUUGUCGUGUCUGUUUGGUCUUUCGAUCUCUUUCUUUGGAUUUUCUUGCCGCAGGGCAAUUUCUGCGACAGGAUUUACUGUCCUUGGUAUAGUGAACAAGUUGUUGACGGUUGUGAUCAAUUGGGUGAUAUGGGACAAGCAUUCAACAUGGGUGGGUACAGUAGGGCUUCUGAUUUGUAUGCUGGGUGGGAUUAUGUAUCAGCAAUCAACAAGCAAGCCGAAGGCUGCAAAACAGGUUAGUGCACAGGAUAAUGAAGAGGAACAAAAGAAAUUGCUUGAGAUGCAAGACAAUUCAGAGACCAACAUAAAAAGUAAUGAAGUUAAUAAACCAAGGGAGGAAAGCUGA